CUUCAUCCUCGUCUUUCCCCGUGCGGCGACCUCCUGCUUGCCAACAUUCAAUUAGACAAGCCACGACGCUCGCGAGUGUGACCGACUGUUCGCAGUUGUGGGACUUUCAUCUUGGAAUGUGCACAUAGUUAUUAAAGCAACAUGCUGCACGUUAGACUCCUCAUCGUUCUUCAAGGGAUGUUAUGCAUUUCAGCCUUCAACCGGUCCGCCUACCCCUACCUGGCAUCAGAGCAGCAGCUGAUGAGGGAUCUCCUGGAUGACUACGAAGCUUCAGUGAGGCCAGCAGAGAACGCCACGGAACCAAUACAGGUGUCCCUCGGAAUCAUCAUCGUCAAGAUCCUCGACCUGAACGAGAAGAACGAGUACCUGGAGAUGUGCGCUUACCUGAGGAAAAACUGGCACGACCUCCGUCUCAAGUGGAAAAAGAAGGACUAUAGCAACGUGGACAGCAUCAGCAUGCCCUCCAACCUCAUCUGGCUCCCCGACAUCGUCCCCUACAAUAAUGUUGAAUCACAGUUCGACAUUGUACAGACUAUGGUGCGGGUGUACGCUUCCGGUCACGUGAAUUGGAUGCAUCCGGUACGAUUGCGCACAUUAUGCCAAGUUGACCUCUCCAAGUUUCCAUUUGAUGAGCAAGUGUGCAGCAUACAGUUGUCCAGUUGGACGUACAGCGGGAUGGGGAUCAACAUCAGUUUGUGGGGAGGAUCUGCAGACCACGCCAUUGACCUGGGUGGAGGGUUGAUGAACAGUGAAUGGAAGAUCAUCAGCUCCACCGCCACCGUGAAGCAGACCCACUACUCCUGCUGCCCGGAACCAUACCCCGACAUGAUGGUCACCCUGACACUGAGACGGAGCCCAGCCUACUACGCCCACAUAUUCGUCAUCCCUGCUCUGCUGCUUGGGGUUCUUGUGCCUUUCCAGCUUCUUCUUCCACCGGAGUCGAAAGAGAGGCUCACUUUAGGGUCAGUGUUGAUCCUGUCGGUGUUGCUGCUAAGUAUGAAGCUGCAGGAUGUCCUCCCAGACUCCGUCGCCACCAUCCCCGCCAUAGAGAUGUACUACAUGCUGACGCUCAUCUGGGUGGUAAUGUCAAUGCUGUCGUCCAUCUGGGUUCUGAACGUGCACAACCGAGGACCACGUCGCGGGAAAGUACCGGACAUAAUCCGUUGGAUCUUCCUCCGGAGUCUGAAACGGCUCGUGUGUCUGGGCAGUGACAACUACUACCCCCUAGACGAGAUGGAGACCAUUACGAUGAGGGGACUGGACAAAUCCGCCACCGUCGGGAUGUCAAGCCUGGGGGACGGGCCAAUGAGCAACCAGGACUCACGACCCCCUACGAAGCUGGAACGCGAUGUGGAUGAGAUACUGAAGCAGGUUCACCUGCUGACUACACGAGCGGCUAUUUGCGAGGCUCGACAAGAGAUGCUGAGCGAGUGGCACCAGGUAGCCCUCGUCAUGGACAGAGUCCUCUUCUUCCUGUUUAUGUUGAUAUUCCUCAUGUGUAGCGUUAUCCUUCUGACGUAAACAGCUGGCUCAUCCACAUGUAAUCAGUUACACACCCUUAUUACAUUAUAUAUGGGUAUGAGUUGGUAGUUAACGGGUAUACUAGCUGUCAGAAUAAGAAUUCGGUCUUGGAUAAAGCUUGACCACUGCGUUCACAAUAUUGAAUCGUAUGAAACUAUAGGAAGCAGAGAACAGGAUUUGAAAACAACACAUUUGAAUGAUAUUUAAGUCCUGUCUGACAUGAUCUCAGGACAGUACUAAAUCGUGGUUAGAAUCACAUAACUAUGAUCACCUACUCCUGGUCUGUAACACCUGGUCUGUAACACCUGGUCUGUUGAGGUGUCACCACCGUCAAAACACAUUCUCAGUAAAAUAAAGACCCGAGAACCUGUAUCUUCUUUCCCACAGACAAAAGUAAAACCAGGGUGUAGUUAUUGGGUGUUCACGAAACACUGUUUAUCCUGUUCGUAGGGAUCGACUAUAAGUGCAGUUAACAAAGAAAUGAUCUCACCUUCAGGUGCAAUCGUCAAGUUCAUUUCCAGUACCAUAUCAUCCCUGUUAUUGAUCGAAUAACGGUACCACAGGUUCUAGUUCCAGGGUCAUUAUCAAUGUACAUUUGUUUGUAAUACACGUGGAACGUGGUGGAACGUCGUCUCCAGCAGUAGUUCCUGUAUGAACAUAACCUUCAGCUGGAACAUGUCAGCUUAUGUCAGGAGCAACAGAAAUAUCCAUAUA